GAUGCUUAAAUUGUGUCCAACUGUUUAUCGAGCGUUGUUGGAGGACCCGAUUACAGACUCGAGAGGGUUAAAAACUGCCUUGUCUACAGAGGUUGAUGGCAUUCAAACAGCCUCUUUCUUGCACACGGGGAAGCUUAUAGGAGACAUCCGAUGAAUGAGAGUCGAGUUCCCACACCGAGCGCCGGGAGAGAAACAUUAUUCAAAGUAACUGGACGAGAACUGUGACGAGAGAACGUGUUGCAAGACACCGAAGUUAUUUGGUAUUGUGCUCGAGUCGGGGGCAAGGAGUCUUUUUCGUCGACGUUCGAAAACCAACAAAGGAGGUUGGUUUGGGACACAGAUCCACUGUUAUUCAACAAUCUGGCGGAAUAAUUUACUUCAGUUUUCAGUCUUGAAACAGUGAGGGUCAUGCACUGGACAUGAACAUUGAGAAACAAGUCGGGCAUGGAGAAUACACGAGUAAGAUUUGGACACGCUGACAAAACAGGCCGAGAAGCCCGCGGGAAAUAAGGACCCAUCGGUUCAGUGCAAAUUAUAUUUGGUGCAGCACCUUGCGAUGCCAGAAGAAUCCAGCAAAGACACAAUGAGAGUGCCCACUUCCCCAGAAAGAGUGCUCAUGGAAAAGACUAACAACAAUGAUUGCGUGGUGACGGCCGUCCCCCUGGUCAAUGAGGUCCAGCUGACCGCUGCCACGGGAGGAGCAGAACUCUCCUGCUACCGCUGCAUAGUGCCAUUUGGCGUGGUCAUCCUGAUCGCCGGGAUUGUGGUCACCGCCGUUGCUUACAGUUUCAACUCGCAUGGGUCCACAAUCUCAGUCCUUGGGCUGGUGCUUCUAUCCACAGGACUGCUGCUUCUGGGCUCCAGCGCUGUGUGCUGGAGAGUGAGGCUGGAGAAGAAGAAGGACAGGAGAAGGGAGAGUCAGACCGCACUGAUGGCCAGUCAGAGGAGCAGCUUUGCUUGAGAGCUUUCAGAUCAAGAUCCAUUUGAAUGAAAAUGUCAGUAGUGAGAGGACUGGGCUGGAGAAAUGGCUCAGUCUGGGAGCCCUUCCGAUGCAGGCACGCAUGCUGUGUCCAGAUGUUCAGUUAUUGCUGACUGCCGUUGCCACAACACUCCGGUGACCACAGUGGCCGCACGAGCAGCUGUGUCUGACCCCAUCAAUUCUCGGACUAUCAGGUGUCGAAACGUCCCAGAUUUGAAGGUGUAGCUUUUUUCCAUUUAAAUGUACUGGCUACAUCUGGGUAUCUUGGAAGAUGGCCAAUCAGAAUGUACCUGAAUUAAGAUGAAUAGCUACUAACUGGAAGAUAGGAAGUUGCCCAUUAAUUUAUUGCUGUAUCCUCUGGGAUUUAACUGACGGAAUGAAUAUUAAGUUAAAUAGAAGGAGAGAAAAAAGGAAGAAGUAGA